AUGACGAUUCUGCAAUUAAUCAUGCUUGCUCUGGUGACAGGGCGUGUAGGGGGAGAGACCAGGAUCAUCAAGGGGUACGAGUGUCCUCCUCAUUCCAAGCCCUGGCAGGUGGCUCUGUUUCAGAAGACGCGUCUGCUCUGUGGGGCGACCCUCAUUGCCCCCAAAUGGCUCCUGACAGCUGCUCACUGCCGCAAGCCGUGGAGGUGCACUCUUGUCUCCCCACACCACCACCCUGUGUCUCUCGCCCCACCUCCCGUCUCUCCCUACCCUUCCAUCUCUGACCACCAUCUCUCCCACCUCAGCCAAUACAUAGUUCACCUGGGGAUGCACUACCUUCAGCGACGGGACGGCUGGGAGCAGACCCGAAUGGCCACGGAAUCCUUCCCCCACCCAGACUUCAACAACAGCCUACCCAACAAAGACCACCGCAACGACAUCAUGCUGGUGAAGAUGGUGGCACCAGCCAUCAUCACCUGGGCCGUGAGGGCCCUGGCCCUGCCAUCACGCUGCGUCACCCCUGGCACCCGCUGCCUCAUUUCCGGCUGGGGCACCACGUCCAGCCCCCAGUUGCACCUGCCCCAUACCUUGCGAUGUGCCAACAUCACCAUCAUCGAUCACAAGGAGUGUGAGAACGCCUACCCCGGCAACAUCACAGACACCAUGGUGUGCGCCAGCGUUCAGGAGGAAGGCAAGGACUCGUGCCAGGGUGACUCUGGAGGCCCUCUGGUGUGUAAUGGGUCUCUUCAAGGCAUUAUCUCCUGGGGUCAGGACCCAUGUGCUGUCACCAGAAAGCCCGGUGUCUACACUAAGGUCUGCAAAUACGUGGACUGGAUUCGGGAGACAAUGAAGAACAAUUAG